UUGGCCUUCUUUUUUCAGGAGAGCUUUCAACCAAGUUUAGCUUCGUCAAGUUCUUCCAAGCAAAUAGAAUGUCGAUUUCUAAGUGAGGAAAUUCACCAAUUCCUUCCAAUUUUUUUGGCCUUCUUUUUUUGCGGAGACCACUUCAAGAAGACUUUCUUACCAAAACAACAUUCGGUUGUCAAGGCGACACAUUUGCGAAGGUCUUCCAAACAAUUUAAGUGUCGGUUUCAAAGUAGUUCAAACCACCAAUCCCUUGCAAUCAUAGCUGCCUUCGGUGUUCGAGGCGGCCGAUUCACAGACUCCUUCCAACCGCCAUUGCUUUCAAGUACAAAGUCUUUUCAUACUUUCUCGGCCUGGCAGCUUCAACCUUCACACGUCGUCAUGCCGACAUGGCUCGAUCUCUUGCCUCCCAGACUUCAGCCUCGUGACUCAACUCGUUCUUAUGCUCCAUCUGAGGACAGACUCGGUCUGGACCUGUCGCGUUGUCAACAUCCACAACGGGACUCGAGCACCGGCUUUUUCAGAUCGCCCUCGCCUGACCGGUCUUCGGCCAGACACGUCUACCGAGUCCCUUCCGAGGUUAUGUCUAGUCGCAUCAGCGAUUCCUCCACAGACCGAUCGCAGCGAGAGUGA